CCGGGCGCUCCGCCUGCUCCGAGCAGCCCCCGCAGGGCGAACAGAGACGUCGCUGCCGCGGCCGGGGCAGCCCUUUGUGCGCGGGGCGCCCCCUUGUCUCCCGGGGCGGGGGGCGCUGCCAUCACGUGUGCGCCUCCCCCUCCCCCUCCCCCCGCGCGAGCAGCCGCCGCUGCCGCCGCCUCAGCCCCAGCCCCGCUCCCUUUGUUGCAGCGCGAGCGGCGGCCCGGAGCGAAGCGGGCUGGGCUGGGCUGGGCCGGGCCAGGGGGAUGCUGAGGGCCGGCCGCGGGCGGGCGGGCGCGGGCAGCGCUCGCGGUUGAUGCUCGGGGCCUGCCGCCGCCGCUCGCCAUGCAGGGAGCCCGCCCCGCCGCCGCCCGGCGCCCGCCGCUCGCGCUGUGCUACACCUCGGCCCUGCUGGCCUUCGCCCUGUCCGCCCUGCCCCCGGGCCGCGCCUCCCACCCGCUGCCCGCCGCCGACUGCCAGGGCAGCAGCGGCAAGGGGAAAGGCAUCAACUGCUCAGAUACAAUAUUGUCCAUCUGGAGUCCACACCUGCACCGCAGCAGCAGCUGGAAUGAAGAGAGCCCAAGCUGUGGCAGAAUUAAAUGUAAGGGAAUCUGAUGCACGAGUGUGUGAUGAAUCAUCAUGUAAAUAUGGAGGAAUAUGUAAAGAAGAAGGUGAUGGCUUGAAAUGCGCAUGUCAAUUUCAGUGUCACACAAAUUAUAUUCCUGUUUGUGGAUCAAAUGGAGAUACUUACCAAAAUGAAUGCUUCCUCAGGAGAGCUGCUUGCAAGCAUCAGAAAGAGAUAACAGUGGUAGCAAGAGGACCUUGCUAUUCUGAUAAUGGUUCUGGAUCAGGAGAAGGAGAGUAUGAAGGAUCUGGGACAGAAGUUCAGAGAAAACACUCAAAAUGUGGAGUUUGCAAAUAUAGGGCUGAGUGUGAUGAAGAUGCAGAAAAUGUUGGGUGUGUGUGCAACAUAGACUGCAGUGGAUACAGUUUUAAUCCUGUGUGCGCUUCUGAUGGAAGUUCCUAUAACAAUCCAUGCUUUGUUCGAGAAGCAUCAUGCCUGAGACAGGAGCAGAUUGAUAUAAGACAUCUUGGUCACUGCUCAGACACAGAUGACAUUAACUCAGUGGGAAAGAAAGAUGAUGGAAUGCAAUAUCGACCAGAGGUGAAAGAUGCCAGCGAUCAAAGAGAAGACAUAUAUAUUGGAAACCAUAUACCUUGCUCAGAAAGUUUCAAUGGUUACUGUAUACAUGGAAAAUGCGAAUUCAUUUAUUCCACUCAGAAGGCUUCUUGCCGGUGUGAAUCAGGAUAUACUGGACAGCACUGUGAAAAGACAGACUUUAGUAUUCUAUAUGUUGUUCCAAGUAGACAGAAGCUUACGCAUGUCCUUAUUGCAGCAAUAAUUGGAGCUGUACAGAUUGCCAUUAUAGUUGCAAUUGUCAUGUGCAUAACAAGAAAAUGCCCUAAAAACAAUAGAGGACGUCGGCAGAAGCAAAACUUAGGCCAUUUUACUUCAGAUACAUCAUCCAGAAUGGUUUAGUUUGAUGAUUUUUAUACCCACAUUGACCAUGUGAUGUACAUUUUUAUUAUCUCUUUUUUUAAAGAAUGGAAAUAUUUAUUUCAGAGGCCUUAUUUUUGGACAUUUUUAGUGUAACACUAUUGGUCUGUUGUAUUCUGAAAGAAUCUGCUCUAACAGCUAUGGACUGUUUUAGUAAUUUUUCUUUUAUGUUUUUGAAUACUGUAGUUCAUUUUCUGUAUCUGUAUCACAUGGUUACAUAAUAGACUUGUGCUUUACUCAUGGAAUGUAAUAUUUUUGAGAACACAGACUUAUUCACCAAUGGUUGUAGAUAAAAAAAAAAAGGGGGGGAAAGGAUUACCUAGCAAACAAGGCAUGAACUAAAGGCGAAGAUGUUUACAGCUUACUUUUCUUAUGAGAAACUAGAAGACACUGUGUUUAAAUACCGUAGAUAUUUCAAUGUUUUUGAAAGUUAGUAACUGAUUUUUUAGACACUGCCUAUCGCAUGAACUGUGAAACUGUGUGCUGUGCGUAGUUGUAACAUAUUUAUAAAAUGUAUGGGCUGGGUCUGAGCACUACCAUCUUCAUAAAUAAUACUGACACUUUAUUUUUAAAGAGUAAAAUAUAAAUUUCAUAAUUUGGGAAAUUUCCUGAUUGAGGCAGCUGGCACAGGUCCAAAAAAGUAGGUCUUUGUAGAUUUAAGUAUUGUAAAAACCAGUGUUGAAUAAUCAAAUUCAAAUAAUUGGAAUAAAGCCUACUUUAUCACUGUUAAAACUGCUUUAAUACUUAUUAAACUUUUUUAAGAGGAUACAUGUUUUAACACCAAUGAUACAGAUUGUAUAGUGUUUGUGACUAAAAUGCAGUAAACAAAAAAUAAAGUCAAUGAAUUACCAGUGCUCUUGUAUAGAAUACUUUCAAGAGCUAAAUUAAGGCCAUCCAAAUUAGUUUGCUGGUCAUAGUUAUAUUAAUAGCCUGUUAGUUGUUGUUUGAAAGAUCCAGAGAUAAAAUGUGAGUAGGAUGUGUUCAGCUGUUUAAUAUGUAGUUUAGGCUUUUAAAAUUCUGCAUGUAGGAUUUAGUAAUUUCUUCAAUAAAAAGCUUUCAACAUUUUGAACUGGAAAAGCAUGUCACAAUACAAUGUUUUCACUAUA